AUGUCGGGGAUGAGCCAUGGAGGCUUUGGGGGAGUGCGACCGACUCGAACCGCUGCUUUGACCUUUUCCGGGGCCGACAACGCCGACGCUGACCGAUCGUCCUCCAACUUCAACCAUUCCUCCCAGCUGUCCGACGAGUUUUCCUUUGAUUCCCCCAUAAGUCCGCCGGAUUCCUCUAAUGUCCAGCAAGAGGGCUUGCUUCAGGACUCUCUCUUCCCCGAGUGGAGGAGUGGUGGCUCUCGACCCGGCUUCGACUGCCCGGACGAGAUGCAAAAGAAGGAUCCGCUGGCUACGCAGAUAUGGAGGCUCUAUUCUAGGACCAAGGCUCAGUUGCCCAACCAGGAGCGCAUGGAGAAUCUCACCUGGCGAAUGAUGACCGUGAGCUUGAAACGCAAGGAACGGGAACGGGUCAUGCAGAGCCGACUUCCGACCAGAACCAACAGCUCCGGCCCCAGCGGCAUUGCUCAACUACGCCAGUCCGACCGUGCCAUGGACCCCGAACGUACUCCCGAUCCUAUGAAUAUCGACGAUUUCAUCGUUCCCUUGGAAUCCCCCGCUGAACAGCCUUUAUCUCCGCCCGUUGAAAGGGGUGGUAUCUCCGGUGCUAUCCCCAUCAAGACCCGUAAGGACCAGGUUGCCGAGUCGACCCCCGUGCCCGCCUCGUUCCCCCACCCACCCCAAGAUCAACGCAGGAACAGUGAAUUUGGAUAUGUUCCACGUCGCGUGCGCAAAACGAGCAUCGACGAUCGUCAGUCCUUCGCAAACCUGCAAGUCCCCACCCGCAAACGACCUGCCGAGUCGUCACCCCAGGUGCCGCCCGUGUCCAACGCCAUGCUGGCCCACGACCCCAAUCUGUCAGCCGGCGUGCCUGAUUACGCCUUGGAUGCAUCUUCGUCGGCUUUCGCUCAUCAGAAUGGCCACAAUAACCAUACUUCCCCCGGCGUGCCUUUCGGCCUCGAUACCUUUGGCCUCGGCGAGGACCCCAUCCUUCCUUCGGCUGCUCAAUAUCAUGGACAGCAGUUUACCUUUUCGCCCAGCGAUUCUCCUAUGACCUCGGGAAACCCAUUUGCCAACCUGUACGCACAAACUCCGAUCGCCUCGUCCCUCAACUCUACCGAUUUUUUUUCGCCCCCACCCUCGGGAUAUCAGUCCACCGCUUCGACUCCUCAGCCUGCCUACGAUGGUGAGCACUCGAUGUACUUUGAUAUGCCCAGUAUGGAUUCUCGCACUCAAAGGCGUGUUCCUAAUUAUGUGGCUCAGCGCCAGUCGAAUCUAUCCGCAUCGUUGCAGCCUCAGUACAUGUACAACAGAAACAACGAGCAGCAGAACAUGAAUCACGUCAGUGGCCCACCAUCGACGAUGCAUUCCCCAGGGUUUUCGAUGACGCAACCGCAACAUGUCGAUCCUUCCCAGGUCCUGGGUGGGCCCGAUUUCUCCACCACCUCCCACGCCAACAUGUUCAGCUUCCCUGGUGACUCUGACAAUGAAGAUGAUGACAGCAGCACCACAUUCCCCGACCGUGCCGGUCUGGCUAUGCCAGUCGACUUUAGUGAUGACAACUCCAACGACUUCAACUCGGGCAUGCAGUGGGAAGGAGGGUUCCCGGGCUCCUUCCACUCGCUGCCUGGAUUUAACGGACAGCACCGCAAGCAUGUCACCAUCGGAUCGUCCGACAUGAUGGAUACACCUCAGGAAUGGAACCAUGGCAGCAGUCUGGGCCGUGCUCAUGGGUCAGCUGCCUCGGUCAGCGAAGUCCGUAACCGCGAACAAGAUCCUAGACGUCAAAAGAUCGCUCGCACUACCUCGACGCCCAACACCCAGAUGCUGUUGCAGAACGUGAAUGGCAAUACUCAUACAUCUCCCAACACGCCUCCCGAAUCCGGUCUGAGCAGCGCUGUUCCGUCUCGUCCCGCGAGCCCUGGUGGAUCAAAGAAUGGCGAGCAGAACGCCGGGCCGACCACUUGUACCAACUGUUUCACCCAAACAACACCCUUGUGGCGACGUAACCCUGAAGGCCAACCGCUUUGCAACGCCUGUGGUCUGUUCCUGAAACUGCAUGGUGUGGUUCGACCGCUGUCCCUCAAGACAGACGUUAUCAAAAAGCGAAACCGCAGCAGCGCCAACAGUCUGGCUGUUGGGGUUUCCCGGUCGUCCAAGAAAACCGCACGCAAAAAUUCAGUACAGCAGGCAUCGGCCAUCACUCCCACCUCCAGCCGCGCGCAAAGUGGUACUGCCUCUGAGUCACCACCAGCGAUCCAAAGUGCAGGACCUGCACCCGCUUCUAGGACAUCAGGUGCUAUGGGUAAAUCCGGUGUGGUGCCUAUUGCGGCCGCACCGCCCAAGUCGACCUCUGCAACGGCUGCCAGUCAAGUCCGGGGCUCCGUGCAGGUGGCACCGAAGCGUCAGCGACGGCUGGAAAAGGCCACGGACGCAGACGCAGGGGAAGACGCCAGCAAGUCGAGCAGCUCUUCGGGACGAUCCAAGGUGGUGCCACUAGCGCCUGCUGUUCUUCCAGCAGCUGCGAACCCCGCGAACCACAGUAUCGCUGGUGGACAGGGAGCAAGCCAAGAGUGGGAAUGGUUGACGAUGAGUUUGUAG